AUGUCAGUCAGCAGGAAGAACUGGGCCAAGCUGUCCAGCCUGGCCAGGCAGUGGACCCUGGAGGACGAAGAGGAACAGGAGAGGGAACGGCGGCGGCGACACCGGAGCCUGAGCUCCACCACGGACGACCAGGUGGCCCAGCCGGCCCAGGACGGAGACGCGGCGGCCCCAGAGAGACUGCCGAGCGUGGAGGAAACGGAGGUCUCCCCCCAACCACCCCUAGACUCCAGCGGUGAGGACGUGUGGGCCGUCCUCAGGGCACGGCAGGAGCGGAGGCAGAGGCAGCGGGAGGCGGAGGUCGCACAGGCCCCCGUCCGGGAGCAGCUGGACACAGAGGAGGAGGAUGGCGCGGGCACUGGGCAGGCGGGGCAGCUGCCCCCAGCGCCCGAGAAGGAGAUGGGGCUGCUGCUUCGCCGGAGACUGAGCCGGGAGCGGCAGAGCUCCUGGGUCCGGGAGGAGGAGAGCUUGGUGGGCAGGGAGCCGGGAUGCAGCAGGAAGGGGGACUCAGAGAAGCCCUCUGCCCCAGAGAAGACAUUAGCGCCCGAAAAGAGCCUGGACUCCAAGGAAGUCUCCACCUCCGGGAAGACUGCCAGCCCUGAGAAAGUGUCUGUGUCCCAGAAGAUUGCAGUGUUGGAGAAAAGAACCAUCUCGGGAAAGACGUUGGUUCUGGAAGAAACAAGUGUCUUGGAGAAGCUGCCCUCCCCAGGGAAGACGUCGGACUCAGAAAAGAGACUGACGUCUGAGAAAGCAGCAGUCUUUGAGAAGACCCCGGCCCCUGAGAUGCGGCGGGCCCCAGCGAGGGCGGCGGCCCCAGGGCAGCCCCGGGCCCAGGAGCGGCCAGCCUCUGCGCAGAGCCUGUCCACCCCCAAGGGGCAGGGGAGGGCCGGCCCCAAGCAGGAGCCCCCGCCCUCGGCGGGGCUGCGGGGGCAGGGGGCAGAGCGUCCGGCUGGGACUUGCCACCUCCCACCCAUCACUCUCCAGUUGAAAAUCCCCAGCAAGGAGGACGAGGCGGACACACCCUCGCCCACCCAGGCCACCUACAGCAGCUCCCUGAAGCGCUCCAGCCCCAGGACCAUCUCCUUUCGGAUGAGCCCCCGGAGAGACCACUCAGAGGCAGCCUUAACCCGCAGCAGCAGCAUGAAGAUCCCAGCCAGCUCCUUCACACUGGGCCAGAAGCUGGAGAGAUACCACACGGCUGUACAGAGCUCGGAGUCAGUCAGGUCUCCGGGCCCCUCCCGCGCCGAGUUCUUGGUGGCUCCCGUGGACGUCGCCAGCAAGCGCCGCCUCUUUGAGAAGGAGCUGGUGGGUCAGGGCCGGGGAGGAGCAGCCUCCAGCCGGAAGGAGAACUUGCGGCUCUCGGGGGUUGUGACAUCGAGGCUCAACCUGUGGAUCAGCAAGACUCAGGAGUCAGGAGAUGGGGACCCGCAGAACGAGGAGGAGCAGAAAGAGUCGGCAGCCGCCAGGAGGAUCCAGUGGAGGAAGAAAGUGGACUCCCUGGAUGCCAAGACCCUGCGAGGCUGCGGACACCGCAGGACCGGUCUUCGGCAGCUCCUGCUCUGGCGAGGGGGGCUGGCCCGCUGCAGCGCUCGCCCUGACCCAGCAGGACUGGACGAGCUGAGCCAGGUUCAAAAGAGCAGCCGGUCGGAGGCUGCGGCGGUCUUCUGCCAGAGGGGCCGCGGGGCAGAGGCUCCUUCAGAACUUCUCGGCCUCGGAGGGGCUGCCUUGCAGUGGACAUCACGCCACCCGCCAGAGCUGAGUCGGAAGCUGGUGGCUGCAGCGCCGGGUGCCAGGAGCAGCCUGGCAUCACCCCUUCGGGGAAGAGGGGACUGA